AUGCAGUCUCACGUUAAUAAAUUCGUCGCUUAUUUUCCCACCAGAAUACCCUACACUGGAGCCUUAAUCGCCGAAACGCUCCGCUUCUCGACCAUCACCCCGCAAGCCGUGCAACACAGGGCCAUAACGGACCAAGAGUAUAAGGGCUACCUCAUCCCGAAGGACACAGUCAUCACCGCGAACGACUUCCACAUCCACUACGACCCCAAAGUCUGGGGAGACCCGGAGACCUUCAGACCCUCCCGAUUUUUAAGCCCGGACGGAAAAACGUUCAAGAAGCACGAGGCCCUCAUCCCCUUUUCGACAUUGCGGCGCCAAUGUCUCGGCGAAUCUUUGGCGCGAAACAACCUCUUCCUAUUCGCGACCAAUAUUGCGCAAACGUUUGAAAUACUGUUUGACAAGGACGGCCCAGAUAACCGAUUGGAGUCGAAGUUGUCCUUUAUUUUGACGCCGAAACCGUUCCAUGUCAUUUUUAAGGAUGAGACUACUUUGGUGAAAGUCGAGUGUAUGAAUGGUUUCUAUGGAUUUGAGCAAAAUACGUACAUUAAACUUUAA